AUGCUAGCGCUUUCGAGGUCGCUCGCAUCAGUGUACCAUGCCACAGUGACAGCUCUGAAGCCACCAUGGCGACAUGUGCCGGGGACCGUUCUUGCCUUGUCACGCCAACAAUCCACAAGGGCAGAUGGUGACGUUGGAGCGACCCCUCAACCCACUCGGAUCCAGCGCGUAGACUCAGGCAAGGCUCUGCUGAUUGAGUACGUCAACGGCCAGAGGUUUUCUCUGCCAGCAGAGCUACUCCGAGUGAACAGCCCCUCACCUAAAGGGGGAACCCGACAUGCUGGUUCCACAUCCAAGCGAGCACUUGCUGUGAGAUCUGCCCGACCAGUCGUUGCCUGCCGUGCGAGAUUCGGAGGCCUCUUCUCUCCGAAGAAAAAGGAUGAUGAGGAGGAGGAACCUGCAGCGGCUGAACCUGCAGCGUCGGAGGGAACGUUGAAGCUCCCAUGGAGUUUCCGGGGAGGAGACAAGGCCGGAGUGCGUAGCCUUACCAAGGCAGACGAGGUCCUCACUGAUCUUCCUUCACCGCCUAAGAAGGGACUUUUCGAUUUGUUUUUUGGGAAAGAGGCCGAUGUGGAGCUUGUGGAGUUCGACAUUUUUGACCCGGAGUCCGUUGAGGAAGCUAUUGGCAAUGCUGGAAAGGUUGUGUGCGCCAUUGGUGCAUCCGAGAAUCUGCUCAAUGUCUCCGGGCCGUACAGCGUGGAUAAGGCUGAGAAGACGUUGAAAGCGAGCGGCGUUCCGUAUUUGAUCAUUCGUCCUGGUGGAAUGGAGAGGCCGACUGAUUCCUACAAGGAAACACAUAACCUGAAGCUGGAGGAGGGUGGCACUUUAACGGGUGGCCAAGUGUCCACCUUGCAGAUUGCGGAGUUGGUUGCGGUUGCGUUGAACAAGCCAAAUCUUGCCGCCAACAAGGUUGUGGAAGCGGUUGCUGAGACGACAGCCCCCGAAGAAUCUAUUGAGAGCCUCUUGGCUGCUAUUCCUUCUGAUGAUGCAGUGGAAGAUGAUGACGAAUACGAAGUUGAGGAAGUUGUUGUAGUGGACACAAGGCAGCAGAAACAGAAGGAGGCGGUGGCUUCAGAACGGGAAAGGAAGAAGCAGGCAGAGGCGACAGAGGCAGCUGAGCGUAAGGCUGCCGAAGCAAGGGCUAAACUGGCCGAGCAGCUUCAGCUUGCCCGUCAGCAAAAAGAAGAGGCUCUCGCUGAGGCCCAGUCAGUUGCUGCUGAGCAGGCUGCUCUCGAGCAGAAGCGCCAAGAGAUCGAAUCACGAGCAGCUGCAGCUUCUCAAGCUGCUAAAGAGGCUAAGGUUGUGGAGGAGGCCGUUCUUGCUGCAGCCACGGAAGGUCGAAUCUUGAGCCAGCGUGAGAAGGACCGCCUCAUCCGUGAAUUGCGUGAGAAGGAGGCUGCUGCAGCAGCUGCCGCUGAACUGGCGAAGGCAAGAGCAGAAGCUGAAGCUCGAGCUAAGGUAGAGGCAGAAGCCAAGGCUAAGGCGGAUGCAGAGGCACUGGCUAAGGCCAGGGAGCAGGCUGCUGCGAAGGCCAAGGCUGAGGCUGAAGCCAAAGCGAAGGCCAAGGCUGAAGCUGAAGCCAAGGCUAAGGUUGAGGCCGCGGCGAAGGCAAAGGCUGAGGCCGAAGCUAAGGCCAAGGCUGAGGCUAAGGCGAAGGCUGAUGCCGAGGCCAAGGCGAAGGCUGAGGCCGAGGCUAAGGCGAAGGCUGAGGCCGAGGCUAAGGCCAAGGCGGAGGCCGAGGCUAAGGCCAAGGCGGAGGCCGAGGCUAAUGCGAAGGCGGAGGCAGAAGCUAAGGCGAAGGCAGAGGCAGAUGCUAAGGCGAAGGUGGAGGCAGAGGCCAAGGCGAAAGUGGAGGCAGAGGCCAAGGCAAAGGCAGAGGCAGAGGCUAAGGCUAAGGCAGAGGCUAAAGCGAAGGCUGAGGCUAAGGCCAAGGCUGAAGCGGAAGCUAAGGCAAAGGUCGCAGCAAGUGGAGGUGGAUUUCGGUGGCCGUGGCAGGUGGAGCAGCCAAAGUCAUCUACCGACCUCCCACCAAGCCCAACUCCGCUUUCACCCUACACCAUGUACCCGGACCUGAAGCCCCCUACUUCUCCCUCUCCAUCUCCUCCUAAGCCUAGCCCUGAAGCAAUUGCUGCCAAGGCCAAGGCAGAGGCUGAGGCUAAAGCGAAGGCAGAAGCCGAUGCCAAGGCGAAGGCUGCGGCAGAGGCCGAGGCUGAGGCAAAAGCCAAGGCUGAAGCUGAAGCCAAAGCCAAGGCUGAGGCAGAAGCCAAGGCCAAGGCUGAGGCAGAAGCCAAGGCCAAGGCUGAAGCAGCUGCUAAGGCAAAGGCUGAAGCAGAGGCGAAGGCCAAGAGCAGUGGAGGGGGUUUGCCAUUCCGCUGGCCGUGGCAAGUUGCUGAGGAGAAGAGUUCGUCCACCGAUCUGCCUCCUAGUCCAACUCCACUCUCUCCGUACACAAUGUACCCUGAUCUGAAGCCCCCGACGUCUCCCUCUCCAUCUCCUCCCAAGCCUGAUCCUCAGGCCAAGGCUGAUGCAGAAGCUAAGGCCAAGGCUGAUGCAGAAGCUAAGGCCAAGGCUGAUGCAGAAGCUAAGGCCAAGGCUGAUGCAGAAGCUAAGGCCAAGGCUGAUGCAGAAGCUAAGGCCAAGGCUGAGGCCGAAGCUAAGGCUAAGGCUGCUGAGGCCGAAGCUAAGGCCAGCGCCGCUGAGGCUGAAGCUAAGACCAAGGCUGAGGCUGAAGCUAAGGCCAAGGCUGAGGCAGAAGCUAAGGCCAAGGCUGAUGCAGAAAGGAAGGUGAAGGAGGCUGCUCCUGAGGCACAGGCCAGUGCUGGCGGCAUCAACUUCCGCUGGCCGUGGCAGGUUGCAGAGGAGGAAAAGAAGUCCUCCACUGACCUUCCGCCCAGCCCAACCCCUCUGUCUCCCUACACGCAGUAUGAGGACCUGAAGCCUCCGACCUCUCCGUCUCCAUCUCCUCCGACUCCUGUUGCCGCCAAGGUAACGUCAGAGCCACCACCUGCUCCUGCGGCACCUGCACCACCAAAGGCAGAGCCAGUCUCAGCACCUGCAAAGCCUGAGGUGGCUGCAGCAGCGGCAGCUCCUGCUGCUGAUGCUCCCGCUGGGUCUAAGAGGGUGUGGGUGAAAACUUCAGCAGGUGAGGACAAGGGCUUUGAGCUUAAGUGGCCGUGGGAGGUUGCCGGUUCUGACUCGGGCAAUGGCAGCAGCAGUAGCAAAUCCGACCUGCCAUAUGCAAACCGGCCCCUCAGCCCGUACACCAUGUUCCCUGAUCUGCGGCCACCUUCAUCCCCGAUUCCCCUGAGAUCUACAGACACGGAGAGCUAA